UGAAUGAACAGUAAGUCUGUAAGGUAAAUCAUUAUGAAGAUAUUGUUUGGGUUUUCACUCACACUGCUAAUUGUGUUGAAUGCAACGGCUGAAGACAUCGGUCCCGUCGCCGGGGGUUUGUCAGAAGAGCAGCCGAUAACGGAUAACGUCGCAAGACUGACCGAAGCGUUGAAAGAUGAAGUACUAUCAAGGAUCGAAACGAAUGACGUGGAAACAUUCGAACCAGUUUCAUUCAGCGAACAAGUUGUUGCCGGCAUGGUGUAUUAUGUGAAAGUAAAACUUGGAGCCAAAGACUGGAUUCAUGUUAAAUUCUACAAGCCUCUAUUCAACGACCAACCUGAAUUGAUGGGUGUAAACGAAGAUGUGAGCGAGGAAUCUCCGAUUGAAUAUUUCUGAUGUUCAAUGUGGUAUUUGCAAAUAAUAUAUAUUUUAUCUCAAACCACGAGAUUUGAGCAAUAAAGAUAUAUGAAUUAAUAA